UGAGCGAAACCUUGCCAUGUUGGCGCCGAUGGAGCCACGGUACCAACUGUGAAAGGCUGAAUUUCCAGCCGUGGUACGGUGGAGACUGCGACAAAGUGAGCUGUGACUAUGCAACUGGAUGCUGGAUGUUGGUCAGACGGUUUCUCCUUCAGCAGCUGUUGUUUCUCACGUCCUCCGGAAUGUUUUGAUGAGAUGUUCACCUUUGAACGCUGCUGCUUGGUGUCUUCUGCUGAGCUUAAGCUCUCCGAUUUUCGGAAAAGGUGGCCGGCCCUGGCUUGGAACAUCAGGGGCCCCUAUGGUGCAGCCAAAGGCGUCCGCCAUCCGCGCUGGCGCCGCCGCGCGACGCAGGUGCUGCGUCGCGCGCGGAGGCAGCUGAGGAGGGCCUGGCGGAGCCUUGCCAGCGGAGCAGGUGUUGUGGUUGCAAUCAGUGAGCUUCUCGCCUUCUAUGUCCUCAAGCUUGACUGGUUCCGCCAUGACCCGGGCGCUGGACUGGGACCGCUCUCGGCGGAGCUUCGACGCUACGAGAUCCGCAGCUGGCAGCGGCUGCGGCAGGGGAUGGAACAGACACGCCAGGCACCCUUCGAGGCGUGCGCGUGUGCGGGGAAAGGUUACGACAUGCUGAUGGCCAUGCGUGAUAACAUCAAGAGGCUUUGGCUCUACCAUCCCAACUUCACCGGAAUGCUCACGAGCCCGGGAGAACCGGCCCAUCACAUGUCCAUGCUGCAGUCCUGCGUGGAGCCUCGAAUGGCUCAGGAGGCUCUGCUGCUUUUCGAGCAGACGUCGCUUCAAACGAACUGCGUAUCUGGAGAUGUUGCCACCAACAUCGCAGUAGCUCAAGCGUGCAUUCUGCAACGAAAGUGGGAUCGGGCAGCAGAGCUGUACCUGUUGGCCUUUGCACUGGUGGUGCUAGCUCCAUGGACAGACUGUUUGACGCUCUCCUUCUGGGACCUGACGGCGGAGGACGUGGUGUACAACGCCGCCCGCCUGCUGGCGCCGAGCCGCCGCGCAGCGGUGCCGUUGACGCCGCGGCAGGCGGUGCGCCAAGUGGCCUGGCGCCGGAGUCCGUAUCGCUUGAUGCCGGUGCACCAGAAUCGCUGCGAUGGUCCCAUUGCACUGGAUGGUUUUUGCUUAGAAUCUGGCGCAAUCGUGGUUCCCAAAUGGCGUGGAAGUGAUGUCAGAACUGCCCUCUGCGCGGAGUUUGGUGCAUUUGAUAGCCCUAAUCUGGUCAAAGAGGUAAAGUUGGAGCAGAUUCAACAGGAUGUGGACCCCUCUGGGGAACUCAAAAACCUUCAGGCCUUUCUGGUGCCAGUAGGCACGCCCUUCCCCAACGUUUGGCAUGCGCUACACUGGUGGGUGCCUGCUUUAGCCUUGAAGGAGGAGCGCGGAUGGCUGGCAACAGAACUUCAGGUCGUUAUCGUUUUUGACAACCAGCCACGGCAUGGGGAAGCGCGCUGGGACAUCCAGAGGCCCCAGAGCGAAACCCUUGUCACCUUCGCUGCCUUUCACCAGCCCAUCCUUCGGGCACUGUCGGCGCAUCCGGUGCUUCUCCUGGCGCACACGGAGAAGAUCUGCUUCCAACAAGGAACUGUGGGUUUCCGCUCCUUUCGCUAUGACAUGAAAGAGCCUCAAAUGAGUCGCCAGCACUUGGCUCUCUUUCGGCGGGCCCUGGCUCUGCAUGCUGGUGUCACAUUGGCGAAAGAAACCCAGUGUGAGGUGUUGAUCAUCAACAGGGCGGCAGGUCGCCCCAGACACAUCUCCAACCUUCACCUGGUGACUGCGCGGCUUCGGUCGCUGUCACGUUUCGCGCGUGCACCGGGACUUCGGGUCCUGAGCCGUGCGUUGGAAUCCCACUCGCUCCUGGAGCAGUUUGCGCUAGCCUCACAGGCAGACGUGUUGGUUGGUGCACAUGGUGCCGGCUUGGCAUGGAUGGUGGCCAUGAACCCAGGUUCCGCCGUGCUGGAGCUGAUGCCGACGCUCCCGGGCUAUGUGGCCUGCGUGGACACCUGGGAUCAUCCGCGGAACCUGCGACAUAGCAUCUAUGGAGGCCUGGCCCACUUUGUUGGACAGCAUCACAUCUGCAUCAAAGGCAACGGCACCAUGCCUCUGAGCUUCGAGGUGGACAACUUCCGCGAGAAAUCCUUCGAGGUUCCGCUGCAGCUGACCGCCCAGCGGGUCCGCGAAGCUGUCGCCAUGACGCGGGGGCUCGGCCAAAAAAGGUCGGAUCAGCGGCCACGGGGCGAGAACGCUUGGGGAGGUGGGGGGUUGGGACUGACUGUGAAAAAUGGGUUGAGAAUGGUUGAGUUAUUUUUUUCUGAUAUAUGUGGGGGGAAAGAAAGGAAAGAAGCAACCCAUCAUUUUGGUGAUACAGUGAUACGGUAA